AUGCCUUCCUCAGCUACAGCCUCCACAGAUAACUCCAAACAACAUGAUCAAUUGAGGAAAAGACUGCAAAGCGAGCUUCAGACAUCUGAUGAGACACUGGACGCUGCGGAUUAUGACUGGUUCCUGCGCGGUGCCUCUACAAGUCCUUCCGUGACCACACCUAUCCACUCGCCUUCUUUGGCCGCUUCAUCGAACUCCAAGGCCCUUCCUUCUUUGUCAACGACGAAUACCAAAGCAGUUCCCGACAAGGACAACAUGGCUCCGCUUCGGCGAGCAAGAACAGUCGACGUAACUACCGAGACUAAGGGACCAGAAUUUGGUACGUCAACCUUGGCCAGAUCGUCAACAAACGUCAUGGCUGCUCCUCCGGUGGCAGAGCCUAAAAAGCACGGAUUCUUUCACAAAUUAUUUGGCGAAAAAGAACAUCCACGGUCUCGCUCUUCGUCUGUUUCAAAGCCUCGUGAGAUCAGUCCGGAAUCUUCAAGACCAAGAAAAGCAUCCAUCUCCAGGCCACAAUCAUCACCGGAAACCUCUCCAGUGCACCCUCCCGCUCGCAAACCAUUAUCCGAGAAAUACAAAGGUGCAGAUCCCAAACUGUACGAAUAUCUCAAAGACAUUGAGGAAACCAUAAGCAACACGGAGACACCAAGAUAUUCUGUUUUCGCACCAACUAUCGAGUCGUCAGUCAAGUACGCCCCUGAUGAAAUCCCACCUCAUCCUGAUAAACCAAAAUUGCCAAGUGCUUUCGCACUGCAUCCGAAAUAUGACAAGCCGGCUGAAGUCGGAUCAUCAGGCCACAAAGAGUCGAAGGAAGGUGUUCUGGGCUCUCUUUUGAGAAUUUCCAGAAAUAAAGAGUCAGAACCGGCUACUCGGUCAGACUCUGUCAGUUCUGGCACGUCCACUUCUACCUCGUAUACUGCUCCACCGCCUAAACAUGAAAAGUCUCCACCAAUCAAAGUUCUCAAGGACGUUAAACCAAUACGCAAAGUGGCGUUUGCAACCACAACGUUCAUCAACGAUCCUCCACAGCAGAUUCCUUCAAGACACCCUCGAAAGGGAAAUGUCGAGGUUGGCCCAGAUGGGGAAUUGGUUAUCCAUAAAAUAAAUCCUGAAGACCAGAAGAAUGCAGCUGGCGGAAUCGUUGUUGGUGGGUCGGGUCAUUUGAGACUGAUUCAUCAAGACGGUGAAGCUUCUGCAGAAAUGGGUAGAAGUUCGUCGGAUCUCACCAUCAAUCGCCAGGAUAAAGACCUGGCUGCCCAAAAGGCAAGAACAGAUAAAGAUUCUACUCGCAACCUUGACGAUAUCAAGAUUGAUAAACCAAUGGUCAAGAGAAAGAAACGGAUGGAAGCUCCAGUCGUUACACUGAAGCUUGAUGAGUUGUAUACCAGAUGUUGCCAUCUGAGAGAAAUUCUUCCUAUUCCCGCUACUCUGAAGCAGAUCCCUAAGGGAACCACCGAACCAUUGGCUUUACUUCAAUUGCGCAAUCCAUAUCCAUCGUUGAUUGAAGUUUUAUCAUUUGCAGAUUUUGUGAGAAUCGCGCCUAUCAACUGUGUUUCUUUGGAUGGUGUUCAUUUGACGCUCGAAAUGUUUCGCAUCAUCUUGGCAUCCUUACUUAAUAAACGGUAUCUCGAGAAGCUGUCGCUCAGAAACACCCCUAUUGACCAGGCUGGGUGGAAGUCGCUCUGUUGGUUUUUGUCGAUGAACAAUGUGCUUAGAAGACUAGACCUGACGCAAUGUCCAUCUUUGGAGCUCAACGUUCAGAAGCUGAAGCGGCCAUCUAAAGAUCAGGAGCGUAUGCAAUGUAACGUUCAGAACAGAUCCGAUAUGGACUGGUCUUUGAUGACGGCAACGCUGAUGAUCCGUGGUGGAAUGAAAGAAAUGGUGUUGAGUGGUUGCAAAAUUAACGAUUUGGACGUUUUCAAGAAUUUCCUCAAACUGGGACUCAAGAAUUCAUUCAAGAUUGGAUUGGCUUACAACGAGUUGACAUUGCAACACUGCGAGGUCGUUGUGGACUGGAUGUCCGCUAACAAAGAUUUGGUUGGAAUUGAUCUUGGGUACAAUGACCUUUCGUCCCUGCUACGUCCGUUCAUUGAUUACACCAAGAGAAGCGACUUCAACGCCGGUUUGUCGUUGCUUUCGUUGAACAGUUGCAAUUUGUUGGAUUCUGAGGAUACAGUGGCUGUGUUUGAUUCGUUUUCCAAGUUGCCUCAUCUGAAAUAUCUCGACGUUUCGAACAAUCGCAAGCUUUUCCAGACGUUCAUGAACAAGUUUGUUACUUAUCUUCCAUUGUUUCCAGAUCUGACCCGCUUAAAUCUCGAUGGAAAUGAUUUCACACCUGUGGCCAUCAUUCAAUUAAGUGAAACGCUUCCGCUUCUCAAAAAGCUCAACUAUCUUUCUAUCAAAGACAACAGACUAACAGAAGCCUGCUGCGAAUCUAUCUGUCGUUCAUUGAAGUACUCGAAAUCUCUUUUCAACCUUGAUUUCGACCCUGAAGGUACCCCAGCCGGAUUCCAAGAACGCAUUGGUCUCCUUACUAUGCGGAACAUGGAAAGAACGCUCUAUGGAGACAAGGGGGGAGACGCAGAACUAAACUCGUUGCUCUCCAUUUCUCCAGGAGAAAAAUCGUUUACUCAGCUAGUGACGGAUAUGUUGAAAGCGGAUAUCAAUCCAUCGGACCAGGAAGUGAAGGAUUUCUUCACCCAUGCCCACAAACUAACGAACGAGCUACAGGCGACUAUAUCUGAAUUGGCAGCAAUCCAGCUCGAAAGGAAGCUCAGUUUUGAAGGAAAAGAGACUCUUAUAAGACUGCUUAUGAUCCGGUCGUCUCUCGAAAAGUGUGUUCAGCUCAUUAGGAGAAAGCAUCCAGGUCUUGAUGUUCAGGAGAAUGCGCAUAAACCUCUUGAUUUCUUCAUUGAAGGCCAGGACAUAAAGAACCCAUCUUCGUACUCUCUUGCGGAGUCUGACACCACCGAGUUAAAUGCCGAGUCAUCGCCAAUGGUGCCGCACGAAUCAGUGACUAACUCUACAAUCCAAGAGGAGGCCUCAACGUUCAAAGAGUCGAGCCUCACCAACAAGGACUGUCCAUUAGCAGACCGGCUUUCUUCACUCGGAUCUGUUUUACUGGACUCGAACGACGUUACGAAGUAUCUUGAUGCGGUGAAAAAGCUGAAAGAAACCGGAAUUUCCAUCAAGGAUUUGUAUUCCUUGGGUGUCACCAAAAAUAAUACCUUGAGAAACAGAAGAAAGAGCCAACCGGACGACUCGUCCAUCAACGAAGAUUUAGAUUCUGCCCCUCCGCUACAAACCAUCUACGAUACUGUUCUGACCGAGCUUGAUAGAAUGAAGGUGGGCAAUUGA